CGCAGUUUCCUGCGUCUCUCCGUUUAUCUGUUCUCAACUACUAGGAGCGGAGGACACUGUCGGUUCCGCGCAUUAAAAAUGACUCACCACACGUAAUCGCCGCAUGCUAAUGCCUUCUUCUAAGUGGACACCUGGGGAUUUGGACCGAAAUAUUGCUGACCCUGCCAAAAGAGCGAUCAUAAUGCCUCAGUGCGCGUGUCCGGAGCCGCUGUCAGCUGUCCAGCUCAAGCGCCUGGAGGAACACAAAUACAGCGCGGCCGGUCGCUCUCUCUUCGAGCCGCCCUGCCAGGUAUACUGGAACUGGCUGGUCCAGCAGAUCCCGACGUGGGUCGCGCCGAACACGCUGACCAUCACUGGACUCCUUAUUAACAUAUUAACGACGAUCAUUCUCGUCUAUUACAGUCCCACGGCCACGGAGGAGGCUCCAGGUUGGGCCUUCUUUCUCAGCGCCUUAGGUCUCUUCAUCUACCAAUCACUGGACGCCAUUGAUGGUAAACAGGCCAGACGGACCAAUAGCAGCUCGGCUCUUGGGGAGCUCUUUGACCAUGGCUGCGAUGCUGUUUCUACAGUGUUUGUUGCCGUGGGAACAUGUAUAUCCUGUGGGAUCGGAGUUUACCCUAACUGGAUGUUUUUUUGCGGCUUCGUGGGCAUGUUCAUGUUUUUCUGUGCACACUGGCAGACAUACGUAUCCGGGACACUCCGCUUUGGAUUGGUUGACGUGACAGAAGUCCAAAUUGCUAUUAUAAUCAUGUAUCUGAUGACAGCAUUUGGAGGAGUGAGUCUUUGGGAGACUAAGGUGCCUGUUCUUGGUGUGAAUUUGCAAACCUUUCCAAUUCUCGGUAUAAUCGGUGGGUUUCUGUAUUCAACUUAUAACUACUUCUAUGUCAUCCUGAACGGUGGCGUGGGCAAGAAUGGCUCAACUGUUGCAGACACCAGUGUAUUGUCUCCUGGUCUACACAUCGGCCUCAUCCUCUCUCUGGCCUUCAUCAUCUUUAAAAAGUCCUCCAGUCAGCUUUUCGAGCAUCAUCCUUGCCUCUACAUCCUUACAUUUGGCAUGGUGAUCGCCAAGAUCGCGAAUAAGCUGGUGGUGGCCCACAUGACCAAGAGUGAGCUUCAUCUUCAAGACACAGCCUUCAUUGGUCCUGGACUCCUUUUCCUAAAUCAGUAUUUCAACAGCUACAUUGAUGAACACAUCGUGCUGUGGAUCGCUAUGGUGCUGUCCCUGGUGGAUCUGCUGCGUUACUGCACAGGCCUGUGUCUGCAAAUCGCCUCCCACCUGCGAAUCCGGGUUUUCAGCAUCACCCCACAGGGCCACGCCCACAGAGACUGACAAUUUGCCCGGCGGGAGGAGGAAGCGGGAUUUAAGGAUGAAGACAUUGUCCCGCUUCUCAAGCUAGAGCAGGAGAGCCCCACCAACCAAAACCACAACGGCCUUGACAGUGUGACCACCACAGACUAACAGAAUUGAACAUUUUGCCAGGUUUGACCAGACCAGCUCGCAUUGGUUUUUUUUUUUAACCACACUACUGUACACUAGAAUAUAUCACUGGAUGAAAAGAAAGAGUUUAGAGAAUGAAAUGUCCAAAUUCUGGCCUUGGGGGCCAGAGGGCAGCUUAGCCCUUAAGUUUUCUAUUGCCUUGAAAUGGUUCAUUCUGUGCAGGAACACAUUUGAUAUUAUUAUUGUUAUUUUUUCAAAGGAUAAAGAAGGAAAUAUUGGUGGGAAAUCAAACGUUAAUUGAAUUUGAAUUGGCCAAAAACUUUUAGCGUAGAAUCAUUUUCUAAAUAUUUUGAAUCCAAUCCAUUUGGUCAAAGAUAAAGAUGAGCAAAAGAAUCAAAAAAUAAUGGAGGAAAUAUUUUUAUUUAUUAUUUUUCACAAUAGAUUUGUACGUUUUUUUGGGUUUGAUCGUGUUUGUCAAUUUUUAACAAAAAAAAGGGAAGCUACAACUGCAAUUUGAGCAUCAGUUGCUGUUUUUUAAAACUAAGUCCAUUUUCGACAUAGAAAUAGCCAUCAUUUCAUGUAGGCCCAUUUUUAUAGGUCUGAUCUUGAUAAAUACAACAGAAGCAAGCAUUACAAACAUAUUUCUUGGUUUUAAGGCCUGAUAUAGUCGCCAAACUGCCAAAAAUAGUUUACGCCACAGAACCUUUUUUACCAUGCAGAAUUUUUACUGUUGUUAAAAAAGCAGCUAUUUGUAGAUUGUGACACUUUAUAGAAGAAAAUAAGCUCCAGAAAAGAAAACUGCCCAAACAGCCAUUGUAGCUUGAAGUACAAGAAAACUUUUUGUGAUUGUCCAGUGAUUACAGUGUAUGUAUUUAUUUAAAUAAUCUGACUGAAUUUAGUGUGAAAUUAAUUCAAGCCUGUUUAAAACAAAAAUAAUAAUUGAAAGAACUUAAUUGUCAAGGAUUGUGGCUAAGUGCUAAAAACAGACUCAUCUCUCCACCCCACCCCCCCAGUCACCCAACUGGAGUUUGCUCAGACAUCCUGGUUGUGUGUUUCACUUCCCAGAGCUUGAACUGGGGGUGUUGAUCUUCUGUGACUGUUUUAUCUCUGCCUGCUUAGAAUCAUCUCCUUCCAAAGGGCUAAUAAAAACAAUAAAUUUUGUGUGAUUUGAAUAUA